GGAAUAAAGAAGCUGACAGAAAUGACUAGUUAGCUGGGGUGGCGUGAUGUGGUCGAUUCUUUUGAUCGAAAAAAAAUCAGUUUCUAGACAAGAAAGGAUGCCAUCAACAAAGUGGGUUGUGUCUGUAGUAAUCCUAUCUUUCUCUGCGAAUCUUUUAUUGAAAUCCUCUGGCGAAGCAAUAACACCAUCUAAUAAUGGGAUAUCAGCAAGUGAUAUGUCUAAUCUAUUAAACAAAUUGAUCAAGAACUAUGACAAGAGGCUGAGACCAAAUUUUGGAGGAGAUCCUGUGGUGAUCACCGUUGGAUUCUGGAUUCUUUCAAUAGACUCAAUAAAUGUCAUAGACAUGGAUUAUAAAAUGGAUUUUUUUCUCCGUCAACUGUGGUACGACCCGCGGUUAAAGCACGACUUCAAUGGUACACUAGCCCUGGGGAACUACAUGGUCGACAAGAUAUGGAUCCCUGAUACGUACUUUGAAAAUUCAAAGAGCUCGAAUUUCCAUCAAGUUACAUCGGUGAAUAAAAUGUUGACGAUCACCCCUGAUGGAGGGGUUCAUUACAACUCGAGAGUUACCGUCAAAGCUAGUUGUCCUAUGGAUCUACGGAUGUUCCCUGUAGACAUACAACAGUGCAAUAUAAACAUCGAGAGCUAUGGAUACAGUGCUUCAGAAAUGGUCUACCAGUGGGAGCCACGUGAGGAUAAUGGUAUAGCCGUCAAUAAGAAGACACGUGACAUGCCGCAAUAUAACCUGACAAAUAUCACAGUAAAGAGUUAUUUUACACUGUAUUUCUCAGGUAACUGGUCUCGUUUAUCAGCAUCAUUUAACUUCGUGCGUCGUUCAGGUUACUUUUUAAUCCACAUCUAUGCGCCGUGUGCUCUGAUCGUCAUCAUAUCCUGGAUAUCGUUCUGUAUACCACCAGAAUCAACAGCAGCGAGAAUCGCUUUGGGAAUCACGUCUGUACUCACCAUAACUACAGUACUCAACAUGCUCAAUAACACCAUGCCAAAGGUGUCUUACGUCAAGGCUAUUGACUGGUACUUGAUUGGCUGUUUUCUCUUUGUCAUUGGAGUUCUCGUUGAAUAUACCAUGGUGCUGUACCUAGAGAAUGUUCACAAUAAAAAGUCCAAACGAGGAUGUCGAAGGAAGAACAAUGUGGAAGAGGCACGAGAAUGUGACGGAUAUCGACCUUUAAGCGAGGAUUUUGCUUCACAGUUUCCAAGACUUCGAGCACAGGCUGAUGAUCAUAGUCAGAAAAAUGGCUCGGUUCCCCAUGGAUUCACACCAACAACGGUUAACAAAUAUAACACACAAGUAAACAGCCAACGGCGAGACGAUUACGAUAAAAAGAAAGCAAAGAAAAGAAAACACGGUUUCUGUAACUGGUGUAGCCUAUCAGGCAUCAUAGACACGGCUUGUUUAGACUCGUACUGUAGACUUUUAUUUCCAUUAUCAUUCGUCGUAUUUAACGCUAUUUAUUGGAUUAUCUUUUUAGAAUAUAAUGAAAUAAUAGUCAGCUAAUUGCUUCUUUUAUGAAUCGAUUCCACCACCCAUUUCGUAAGUAUAAAUGGAAAAUAAACCUCUCUCCCUUCGUUGUUUGUUGUACACAUUUCAGACCAUGUGACGCCACUCUUGGGAGUUGAUUCUUUCAUGUGUAAAUAUUUUAGCAUGUUCGCCAUAAAAGAACAAUUCUAAAGGGAAGGUCAUGUGAUCUGAAAUGGGAAAUUUGCAUACGAAGGUAAGAGGUCUAUGAUUUAUCAAUGAAUGAUAAAGUCCAUAAAAUCGAUUAGCCAUCCUAAAAGAUGUUUCACCGCAAAUAUUGAAAGAUUAAGAGAGAAACUUUCCCACGCUGCAGCGAUGUCGACUGGAACAAUAGUCUUACGUUCAAGCGCUUCUGGACGAGGUUACGUUGUAAUCGGGAAAAACAUUUUUUUAAAUUCUCCUAUAACUUUGUAACAAAAAGAAUAACCAAUCUUCAGACUGUAUUACAUGUAGCUAGAAAUGUAUUCAGUUAACCUUAACAACUAAGAUAAAUCCAACCAAAAGGUCUCCGUUUUUUACGUAAAAGAUAUUUUCAUUUACUUUGAUAAAUAUGCAGAAAAAAAACUGCAUGGUAAUGACAUCAAAGUCUGAUGGAUAAAACAGAAAUGUGUAAAUAAAUCCCGUAAUGCAAUAUAUGCACCACAA